AUGGCCUUCAACAGAGAAUGGGAUCAAGGAAAGCAGGCAGAGUACGAGCCUUGGAAUCCCACAAUGCGACCAAACACCCACAUGCGUGAAGAGGACUACUACGGCGAUAGCAAGCGUAGGAAAUUCAACGACGGCGGUUACGAUCCAUCUCAAGCAUACGACAACUCCGGCUUCGGUGGCCAACAGUACGACCAGGGCUUCUACCAAGAUGACCGCCACCCAAGAGUAGGUGGUGGAGGCGUCGGCGGUGGCGGCCCGUACAACAAGAAGCGGCUCGUCCCCAGCGACCCCAGUCCUCAUGUUAUCUUCCUCGGCCUCGAUCCCGACUUCACAGAGUCGGAUAUGCAGGCGUACCUGACCAGCAACAGCUGCAGCAUCGAGUCGGUCACCGUAAUCCGAGACAGAACUACAGGUGUCUCCAAAGGCUUCGGCUUCGCGCAGUUCACAAGCACCGAGCACGCCCGCGCCUUCGUCGACCCGCUCUUUCCCUUCAUUCAAGUCCCCCCGCCCGCGUCUCAUGGCGCAACCGCGACUGCGGCCUUCUACCGCGCCCUCGAAGGCGGUAACCCCGCACCCCCAGGCGGUCGUCGCAUCAAGAUUGACUACUCGCAGAGCGCAGCGCCUGGGGAGAGACGCGCGAAGGGGCCAUUCCAGACGAACGAUGGCACCCGCGACAUUGGGAACACGCAGGCUCCUAUACUACUCUUCCGCGGCCUUGACCCCCUGUCGGGACCUCAGGCUAUUGCCCAGGCCAUGAGGUCCUCUUCAGGCAUAGGCAAGAUCGGCGCAAAGGGUAUGCGGAGGAUAGUCCUCAUCAAGGACAAGAGCACAAAUAACAGCUGGGGGUUCGCAUUCGUCGAGUUUGUUGACGUUCAGUCCGCUUCUGCGGUGCUCGCAGCGACGAUGUCGCCCCAGCUGCACCCCAAUGGCUUCCGCAUCUCGGAUCGACCAGUCGCAGCUUCGUUCGCACAUCCGUACUCCUUCCAGCCCAUCCCAGAGCACGCGUUGCGCGAUGAAGCAUGUCUAUUGUCGACGCCGAGUCUGGGCGGCACCGAAGGGGUAUGGCUGAGGUACUGGGACGAAGCGUCUACGGCUAUGAUCCUCGAAUUCAAGGUCGAGGAGCCCGCGAAAGCUACGGAAACGGCGCCCGCAGUAAAGGAGAAGAAAGAGAAGAAAAAGAAAGAUGCGAACGCACUGGGAGCCAAGGUGGAGGCGUCGGCGCUGCCCGUGUCUGACAAGCCUGUUACGUUGGCUUUCAAGGGCGGCUUCUCCAUUGGCAAGCCUGGGCAGGGGGGUCCGUCUGGUCUACCCAAGAAGCCCGUGCCCCUGACGCAGGCCUUUUCCAUGGAUGACGGGGGAGAGGGAGAUGAGGACGGCGCUGCGAACGAGACGACCACGACCGAAGAUCCGAAGGUUGCCGCUGCUAAGAGAGUUGCGCCGUUGAUUGCCAGUAAGAAGACUGCCAACAACAUCACCAAGUGGAACCAGGUGCAGGACGUCCUCCACCACGAUGCCCCGCAAGAGAUGCCUGUGACUGUACAACCGGCUGAAACCCCAAAACCCGUUGUCAUCGCUCCCGUGCAUGUCCCCGUCCCAGCACCUACCCCAGUGGUGCCGGUGAAGGCUGCCACUCCUCCAGAGGCUGAGACAGAGUUCGAGUUUUCGGAUACCGCAGCAAUGACGUGCUUGCUAUGCGCACGGAAGUUCAAGACUCUCGAUCAGCUCAAGAGGCACAAUAAGGAAUCAGACUUGCAUAAGAAAAACUUCAGAGACGCCGCACUCCGCGAAAUCGCACGCGAGAAAGCCACCGCCGCUCGCGCAAAGGCUCUGGAGGCUCAGGAAGCUCAGGAAGCGCAACAGCAGCAACAGCAACCCAAAUACCGCGAUCGCGCCUCUGAGCGUCGCGUUAUGCACAACCAGCCGGACAUCCCGCGACCCGUGCCCGGCGAGGUGUCCGCACCAGCGAAGCGCAAGUCAGAGGGGCCUCCGCCUCCACCGUCGCCGCCUCCACCCCCGCUCAACCCUGGCAAGGAUGAGAACAACGUCGGGAAUAAGCUGCUGAAGAUGAUGGGCUGGAAGGAGGGCCAAGGUCUCGGGACAGGCGGAGAGGGCAGGGUGGAUCCAAUUCAACCUGCCAUCUAUGCUGCAGGUGUUGGAUUGGGCGCCGCGAAGGCGAAGGAUAUCACGAAGAUUGCGAACGAUUACUCUGGCUACGUCAACCUGGCGAAGGAUGCGGCGCGCGAGCGAUAUGGCAACUGA